AGGCGUGUGGGAAGGGUGCUGACUGCCCAACCGGCUACUACUGCUUUCCAGCGCUGAAGGCAGGAGCAACGUACAAGUGUGUCCACACGUACAAAACGCCAGCAACUGGAAAUGGUCUCUAUCGCUUGCACAUAUCCACUGCCCUGUUCAACAGUCAGGCCAAGAAGACAUGCGAGGGCCUGGGAAUGUCGCUGCCAAACCCUGUAAAAGACCAGGCACUUCUUCGUAACCUCGAUAAUUCGGUUCAAAAUGCAUUCUGGCUUGGGUACAGCCCGGAUUCAAGUCGGUUUGAACUAAUCAACCGGUUUGGCAAAAGUUCUACACAACAUUUGGUCUCAGAUCUUGUUCCAGCAUCUACAUCCACUGUCCUCUGCACCAGUUUCUACCGCAGAUGUCACUUUGACACUGAUUGUGCCACCUAUCAAACAUGUGUCGAUUUCGGAACUUUGAAAGUGUGCUUAACCGAACACGCAACCUGCAAGAAGCAAAGUUCCAGCUGGAUUGGACUAGGUUUCGGCUAUUUCACGUAUCCGGAAGCCGCUUCAAAAUGCCGGCAACUGAACUAUGAUUUGGUCCCGGAGGAGCUCUAUAACCCUAAUAUCAAUUGUGUUGCCCAAAUGGCUCGGAGGAUGCUGAUAAAACAGCCCACAAAGCAUUCUGAAAUCGCAAUAUGGUUCACUCCAAUGUACACUCAUACAGUUUACUCGAACUUUAAGCUCUUCAAGCAUAAGGGAUUAGCCGAUACAAGUAAAUCCAACAAUGUUCAAAGACGAGAGGUUGCGAUUAUCUGCUCAAAGCCACUAUAACGUCAGAUGGGACGAUGGAGCUUGGUCGCGAGGUGUUCGUCACGUGAACUUAGCCAUGCAGACAUUGAAAUGCACACCUGUUUCAAUGCAGUAUCUGGUAUUAUAAACUUUUUUCUCAUUUCUGUUUGUUCUAUGCCACUUGUUUGUUCUUUUUUUUGCUCCAAGAAUGUAUGCAGCAUGCUUCUGUCUGGUUUUUCCUCCUGCCAUGCGCCCUGGUUGUGGUCUUGGGGUUUCCCCUACACUCUGGUGGUCUGGCUAAUAUUUGCCAUACACUUUAGGCAAAUACAACCGUUUUGCUGUUCAA